GUUCAAUAUUUAUUGUUACUGAAAUUUCCCCAACAAGAGCUGCGUGUCAUUCAACUCAUGGCCAACCUGCUGCCAUAAAAACAAACACUCCUCCUAACUUGUUUGAAGAACCAACAGCUGGAGGGUUUUAGUGCUGCUUGACGGAAGCCGGUGUUACUUUGUUAAACAUGGCUGACGACUUUGGCUUUUUGGCCUCCGACAACGGAGUACAUGUAGAAGAAGAUCCGGCCGCGGCGUUUCUGGCCCAGCAAGAGAACGAGAUAGCCGUGAUCGAGAACGACAGCGCCGGCUUCGGUGCGCUGGAGGACGGCGGAGCUCCGCACGAGAACACAUACACGGCGUUCGGAGGUGAUUUUGGAGACGAACCAGCUACUGCUGUAAACGGAGAUAUGUUUCAGGACACCAACGGCACAACUGACAGCUACUCAGCCAUUGCCCAAGUCGACAUGCAGAGACAAGAACCUGAGAGCCUGCGCAAAUGGAGAGAGGAACAAAAGGCUCGGCUGGAGGAAUUAGAUGCAGCUUCUAAGGCAGCUGAGGCUGUGUGGAGGGAAAAGGCCCGGAAGGAACUAGAGGACUGGCAUGCACACCAGAAUGAACAGAUGGAGAAGAAUAAAGCCAACAACAGGAUCGCUGAUAAGGCUUUCUACAAACAGCCCAACUCUGAGGCCAUAGGCUUUGUAGAGUCAGAGGAGGCCUUCCUCAAGGAGUGUGACGAUGACCGUCCUGGAACAGAAUGGGAGAAAGUGGCCCGUCUAUGUGACUUUAACCCCAAAACCAGCCGUCAGACUAAAGACGUCUCUCGGAUGCGCUCCGUUCUUAUUUCUCUAAAACAGACGCCUCUGGUCCGCUAAUGUAACUCCUUCUUGUAUUUCCCAGGCUUUCUUUCUGAUCCCUCUUGCACUUUAUUUUAUUUAGGCUGGACACUUUAACAGAUUUAAGCGUUUAUGUUUUUAAAAAGGGUCAUUGAAUGUGUACACUUUACUGUAUUUAAAAUUCAUAUUUAUGUUCCCUGGUGAUUCAUAAAGACUGUGGCUUUUCCAUAUGUUAAAGAACAUAUUGUAAGUGUUCCUCGAUCCAUUGAAAACACGUCAAGUUUUUCCCUUAAUCCCAAGCUACAUGAAAGGCGACAGAUGUAGCCAGAAGUAUUUUGGUUAGCUUGUGAGUUCUUUUUGUGAUUAUCAUGACAUUUGCAGAGCCCAAAACCAUUAGACAGCAUUAAUUCACUGGAUCCAGUAAGUGUCUUGUUGCCUUGUUACACAGGAAAGGAAGUGUUUGGUUACAUUCUACACAGGAACACAGUUUAGUUACAAUCUCUCACCCUAUAUAGCAUUUUCGGUAGCACUUUAUUUUACAGUCCUGUUCCCCAUGUACAUACUAUGUACUUAUUAUAGUAAUUACAAUAACUAUGUAAUAACUAGGUACUAACCCUACCCCAUGUAGUUACCUUGUAUUACCAGAACUUUCUUAGAUAAAUACACUGUAAGUACACUAUAAGUACAUGUUAGUAGACGUACUGUAAAAUAAAGUGCAACCGUAUUUUCUUUAUAUACAUUUUUUUCCUAAGUUGUAAUCAGUUUCUGGUUUUGCCAUUAUCUAAGUUUGUGUAUUUUUGUUCACUGCCAAGAGGGACUUUACAUUUCUGAGCUUGCUAAGGUUCUUAUUGUAUUAUCAUUUACACAUUACCAAUGUUCAAUAUUCAAAUAGUUAUUAAGUAAGAGUGGAGUUUCAAUUCAAUGUGCAUGUUGCGCAUAAAAGCUUCUAUUAUACUUAAAAUAGAAGAAAUCUUUUACAGAUGAAGGAGAAAUACUCAGAUUUAACCUGCUAAUAUACUGCUCCACCGAAAUCCUUAAUGGCACAUUAAGCACGUGCCUGUGCUUACAUUGUGGUUAAUGUUUUCUGUUAUGUAACUUACUAUAUACACAAGGGACUACUCAUAAUAAGUUUGAACCAUGUGCUUCUUGUGUACAGUUUGUAAUCAUGGCCUCGGUCUACAGCAAUGAAUCAUGUGCCUAAAACUCUUCUCACUGUGAGACUUAGUGUCUAUCAUUCAAAGCUGCCAAAACCACUUGAAAUAAAAUGUAGCACAAUAAGAUAAUGCAGGUAGUUGCAUUUUUGCAUAAACAUGCUGGAUUUGGAACAGUAACACAUUUUAUAUAGCAGAUUUUGAAUUUGUAAUCCUACUUGUUACUUAAUGGCAUAAGUAUACAUGAUUGUUUAAUGAAGUCUGGAGGCAUUUGUUCUAUUGAAAAUGUAAUUUUAGUUGGCUUUUAAGAUAACUUUUGAUGGAUAUUACAACAAAUGAUGGUUUUGUAAUUUAAAAUUGGUUGGAUUUCACACUCCCCCUUUUAUAGAUCACUUAUCCCCUACCCUGACUCCAAAAUGUGUGCAUGCAAUAAUUAUUCUGUAUUCAAUAACACGUUAAAUAAAAUGAGUUCAUUUAAAAACA